GAGGGGCGGAUCCAGCGAGAGCCAGUCCGCCAAUCAGAGCAGGACGUCAAGCCUCUUUAAGAAAAUCAGAAAUAAAAGAGAAGCAGCCCGACGGUAAAUAAAUAAACAAAAAAACAGAGAGAUAAGUAGGUCAAUAAAUAAAUAAUGCGCGCGCUGUAUCCGCUCGGUGUCCGGCUUUCAUGGCGUGAGCGGGGAGCCGCGGGAGCGCGAGAGGAGCCGUGAAGAGCCGUCACACCCCGCCACCACCACCACCGCCACCGCGGGCAACAUAACGGUGCACCGCCGCGCACAAUGGCCUGGAUCUGCAAGAAGAAGUGGGUGAUAGCGAGCAGCCUGGUGUUAGCCGUGUCUCUGUUCGUGGUGCUGGUGAAUUACUCGGAGAAGUCGUACUCUCAGCUACAGUUGAUGCUGGGGCAAGGUUUAAGUCCCCGAUGGAUAUUGUCAUGGCAACACAAAGCACCACGAGCCCAUCUGGGCUAUGUCAGCGUUCCCAAGAAAGAGCCGCUGAAGCUGAGCUGCGAUGUCUGCAGCGUGGUGUCGAGCUCGGGCCAGAUGCUGGGUCGCAACGCGGGGCCAGAGAUCGAUCAAGCCACCUGCGUUUGGAGGAUGAACAAUGCCCCAACACUGAGGUAUGAGAAGGACGUAGGCAACCGCACGAACCUGCGAGUGGUCUCGCACACCAGCGUGCCGCUUCUGCUGCACAAGCCGCAGCACUUUUUCGGCCCGGCGUCCAACGGCACCGUGUACGUGGUGUGGGGGCCGCGGCGCAACAUGAGCCCCGACGGAAAUGGCCUCAUAUACAACAUGCUGCGACGAGCGGCCGCCGACUUCCCCAGCGCUCGCAUCUACGUCACCACCGACGAGCGCAUGGACUACUGCGACGCUACGUUCAAGAGGGAGACGGGCCGGGACAGGAUUACAUCGGGGUCGUACCUGAGCACCGGGUGGUUCACCCUCAUCUUAGCCAUGGACAUGUGCAAGGAGAUCCGCGUGUAUGGAAUGAUCAACAACACCUAUUGCAAAUCUGAAGGCUACAGGAAAGUACCAUAUCAUUACUAUGAAGCCGGAAGCCGUGAUGAGUGUGCCGAGUACAUCCUGCAUGAGAGUGCCCCCUAUGGUGGUCACCGCUUCAUAACGGAGAAGGCGGUUUUCGCCAAGUGGGCUAAGAAACACCCAAUCAAGUUUUUCCACCCCGAAUGGCAGCUGUCAUGACUAACACAGGACAAUGGCUCCCCUUGAGCCCAGAGGCCUGAUUGAUAUAAACACUCCUUCUCCUAAUGCACAUAAAGGCAGCCAUGAAUGGGCCAGAACGAUCAUCUCAACCCAUCUUGAUUACACAAUGGCCACAGCUUGAGUCUAUUAGGUUAUCAGAGAAAAGAGGAGAGACUUGAUUGUACGUUUAUGGUGGUGGGACACUGCAUGCUUUUAAGGACAAACAGUUGAAAUAACAAAAUUCAUUACAACAUAAAGGUUUUCAAAAUAUUUCUGCACAAAAGAAGAAUUUAUUGAAGGUGUACAAGAAAACAAUGUAGCCAGAGACGAAGGAGCAUAUUUACAACAACAAACAACGGCAUUGUCUUGCACUGUAGCUUUACUGUGUAUACAUUCACAACAAGAGUUCUUAACCCUUUUCCCAGUGCGAUUUGUUAUUUGGAGUUAAAAAUGUCAUUACCCACACCCCCCUGUAAAGGUGACUCAGCAUUUUUACCCUAGUGCAGCCAUCUUACUCUGCUGUGGUACAACAAAAGAGCCUGUUCUGCAAUUAAUCAACAUUACAACAUUAGGUUUGGCGAUGGUGCCAUCAGUAGACUUCAGUAGCAUUCACCAAUCAAAAUAAAUUUACUUACCAUUCUGAUGACCCUCCCAGGGGCUACGCUGUAAUUGUAAUUGUAAUUGUUAAUGCAAUUCCCCAGGUUAAGAACCUUUAAUAUAAGAAAAAGAAAAGCAAAAAACACAAGGCACAGGAUUACGGUAAUUAAACAAGAAGAUCAGGAGUCCCAGUUCCUAAGUAAGCUCUUGACAAUUUGUUAUUUGCUUAGAUUUAUUCAGCAUUACAAGGAUGUCAGCUUUUUGUGCACUCUUUGGAUAGAACUAUUUAAAACAGAACCCUUAUUUUUUCCUAAAAGAUAAAGAAAAAGUGAAAAUACAUGCUUCAUGAAAACAUAGUUCUCAAGGUUUCUUCUACUGUCUUAGCAUCAACCCUUAUAUUUACUCCUCAACUGGUUCCUCCGGUUUGGCCUCUCUGGGGACCCCUGAAGUUCCUUUGCACAUUGAACGUUCCCUACUUUACCAGUUAUCCAAUUGAGAACGUUCUGAACCUUGGUCGAAACCUAGAAACCCUUUACCAUCCUAAUUGAAUAGAGGGUCUUGUCAUAGGACGAGUAAUAUGUAGAGCUCCAUAAGAAGGUUGUUAGAGUUUGUUGUGCAUGUUGCUUAUAAAUCAACCAACAAACCCCCUCGGAAAACCCCCAACAAUGACGAAAAUCCCUUGUAGGUUUUAAUGCAAUGCGUGGAUUUCCUAAAACUUUCAUGUAAAAAAUAAAAAUGCAAAUUACGAGCCCUAAUGAUCAAACCGAGCAGAAUUCCACCUGGCUGCUCGAAAAGAUAUUAGCCUACCAUGCCAGGUUUUAGCUAAGUGUUAGUGGUAGCAUUUGCAUAGAUAAAUUAUUAAUAAGUUAACAUCUGUGCUGUGAAAUGAGAGAUGGGGAAGCGAAUGUGGGCAGCUAAGUGUGUUAAAAACAGUGAAUAUGUACAGCUUCAUGGUGCCAUGGCUAGAGAGGCAUUGUCGAUGGGUCUGGUAUGAAUAUUAUUUCUUUUCUUUACUUCUAUAAUUAUUGGCAACCUGGAUAAUAAUCAGCCACUCACCCAGGGAUACUGUAUGCUGUAUUACCGGAGGUCAACAACAAUCUGUAUUAUUUUUUUCCCUGAAUGCUUUCUUUUCUCUUUUUCCUCAUAUCUGCAGUCCAGGGAAUCUGGGAACGGUUAAAUCUAACAAAAGAGAUUUUUAGAUUGAGAACAAUGAUUGUACUUUUCAAGGAGAUUUUUAUGCAACCAGUCAUUCAAAGUAGUUCAAAGUAGUUCCAGAGUUGCGAGAAGCUCAUGUUCAAAAAGUUUACUGUGAACCAACUGUGAACCCCUCAAACUCUUCAACCUCUUCUUGUCGAGAAGCAUUGUACAAGUUUUCUUUUUUUCUUUAAUCUUUACAGACUGUUAUUGUCAAAUCUGGCAGGUGUCCCCUUCUUGAAUUUAUACAGGCAGUGUUUUUUUUUCCUGUGUCACCAUGACUCAACACCUUGCCACAGCAAAAGGAUGCAGCUGACUAGCGUUAAUUGGAGCACUGAAUCCGGGCCGAUAAGACUCUCAAAAAGCAAAGCAAAAGGCACAAAAAGGAUGGGAUGUUGUCUUGUUGCUCGCUUUUCCACCCAUUCGUCUGAGCUAAACUGCAGAACAGGAAAUUGGAUUUCUUUAUAUGCUAUGAUCAUUAUCAUAAUGGAGUUUCCGAACUCUAGAGAAAACACAACAUUCGUUUAGGCAUUUUUUGGGCAGUUUGUUUUCUUUACGUAUGAUUUAUUUCUGAUUCUAUGUUAAGGUAGAUUUCUCACUGCUUUUAAUACCUAGAGUGAAACCAUCAUCAUCGAUUUAUCAGCUACACCUACUGUACUGGACACUCUGUAGGUCUGUAAUGACUGACUGUCCAUCAGUGGAAAUGGAACACUGCAGGAACAGAUGUUGUUCGGUUGGUGGUUGAUUUUUAUAACAAUAGUGACUCACAUUGUUAGUGGGUAUGAGUUUGGUGUGUGUGGGGGGGCUUGUUUUGCAUGCUUGUACAUCAGCACUGUUGGAUAUUUGGAAUUCUAAAUACCUCCAUAAAUCAUGCUCAGAAACUGGCA